AUGGACGGUUCGGCAAAAUACACAGGUUUUAAUGAACAAAGAGAAUGCACAGACAUUCUCCUGAUUGGAAAAACAGGAAACGGAAAAAGCUCCACCGGAAACAGUAUUCUUGGAAGACAAGCAUUUGUAACUAGAGCUAGUCCUACAUCUGUGACCAAAAGGGCGCAGACGGGAUACUCAGACCUCGGCGACCGCAUCGUGAAAGUGGUGGAUGUUCCUGGAAUUUAUGACACCGACCUAGGCUCCACCCAGGCUCUUGAACUAGUGAUAAAUGCAGUACAGCACGCCGUAGCCGCAAAUCCGAGAGGAUACCACGCCAUUCUGCUGAUUGUACCCAUUGGGAGAUUCACCAAUGAGGAUUACAAGGCGGUGCAACAACUUAAAGGGAUUUUUGGGUCCGAAUUUGUAGAGAAGUUCACUAUUAUUGUUAUGACUCAUGGCGACACUUUUGACCUUAAAGAGAAUAAUGUGAAAACAUUUGAAGAGUGGUGCAUGAAACAUAGAGGUGUUUUCAAAAAUCUGCAUAACGAAUGCAAGAACAGAAUAAUCAAGUUUGAUAACAGAACCAAAGAUGAGAUUAAACAGAACGAUCAGCGCCGGCUUCUGUUGACAAUGAUUGAUAACAUGAGCCAAAAUGGAGAUCGAUAUAGCGAUGAGCACUUUCAGAUGGCAAGGGCGGAACGUGAUCGGGUGUUGGUUGAGGCAAAGCUUCCGGUAAUCCGUGAAGAAAGCGUCAUGGAAGCCAGCCUGAUAAUCCAGCAGCUUGGACAAAUCCAGCUGGAUGAGCCGGAACGACAACUUGACAGACUGAGGAUUGUGAAACGUAGAGCUGAAAACCUGGUUAAGGGUAUCAUCGCUCAGGACCAAGGGACUGGUGUCCUACAGGAAGUCAUUAACAACGCCCGAAACAUAAGUCUGGAGAUCGAUGAGCAAAUUAAGUCCAUUAAAGCAGCAAUUGAGAUACGAGCUCAAAAUCCUUAUCCACAGCGACAGCAGCAAGUACACAGUAAAUAUGCGAAACAGCAGAGCCAACCUGAAGAUAUCGACUCUUUAUAUGCAGCAGUGGUGGAGCAGAUACAACAGUCUAACGAGAGAGCAGAGCAGGAGUACAUAAAUAUGGUGAAAACACAAGAGGAAAUCCUACAACCAACAUUAAUCAGAAGAAUUUAUGAGAAAUUAUCUGGAGCCAUCAGGAGCAUGUUUGGGAUGUGA